AAUCCUAACAAUAGCUAUUUUACUCCGAAGAUCGUUUUACCUUAUAUUUUGAAAACGCUUUUAAUUAACUGUUGUCCUGUUUUAUUACAGUGAAAUUCGUUUCUCUUUUAUCAUGGAUGACAGUGCACUUCCAGAAAUGCCCUCGCACUUACGCGAACUUAUUUUUCCCCAGCAGUGCCCAGACAAAUGCUUUGCUUGCGCUUUUGUAAAACGUAAUCUGGUACAUAAAUUGGUCCGCGAUAAGCAUUUGAAAAAUUUACAGUCAUUGACCAACGUUAGUCACGUCAACACUGAACAUAUUAUACCAUUUAAUAGUGUCGCGUGCACAAUAAUUCGAAUAAAGGUAUAUGCGAAGGGAGACUCUCCGCAACUCAGCGUUCGACUCGUCCUAAAAACGUUGAACAUUCAACACCAACAAGUAGAAGUCAUACUCAAAUCGUUUAUGAGCGAAGUGGCAUUCUACAAUAUUGUUGCGAAAUUGUUGUAUAUAUUUCCACGUUCUCACUUCGUAUUUCCGAAGUGUUAUCUAGACAGCUUUCAAUGGAUGGACGACGGGCCUCCAUAUAUCGUACUGGAAGAUUUGAUUGCGGACGGUUAUGAACAAUUCGACGAUAAACUAGAUGAGAAUCAUCUGAAAGCAGUUUUUAAACAUCUGGGGAUGUUCCAUGGAGAUUCAAUAAGGCUAGUGACAAACGAACGUUUCGACUCGAAAUCGAAUUUUUCGAAGUUAAUGAAGAAUGAUACAUUGAUUGCAAAUAAAGAUCAAAUUAUGAUCAAACAAAAGGAGGCAAUCAGCGCCUUUCUGAACAAUUCACUAAUAGAGGCAGUUAACAGCGGUAUCAGGGAUAAAAUAAGAACAAAGUUGGAGAAGGUUAAAGAUUUGGAAAAGAGUAACAUUUCUCUUGUUCAUGGUUCUCUUACACGAUAUAAAACGUUCUACAAACAAUGUAAUGGGGAAUGUAAAAUAAAAUUUAUCGGUUUUAAAACAAUAAUGUUAAGUUCGCCAGUGAUCGAUUUUGGCCGUAUUCUGUUCACUAAUUUGCCUAAUGAAAAUGAUGUAUCAAAGCUCGAAGAAUUUUGUAGAAAUAUAUUGGAAAUUUACCUGAAGCAAAUAGAAUUAUCGUGUAGUGAGAUGGUUCAGUGUGUAGAACGACAGAUUAUUGACAAUUUAUUAUUCUCGUACGUUAGCUUGGACACGAAAGAGAGCGAAGCAAUAGAAAAUCAUAUUCCAAUAUUGAAUAUGCUUAACAGUCUAGGCAGUUUAGAUUAGAACAGUUCUGUACGACACUGGCAGGUUGUUUGCAAGAUUUUUUAUACGUAUUUUAGAUUGAAUACGUAUAAAAAAUUUUGCAGAAUACAAAAUAUAAAUAUACGUAAAACUUAUAUAAAAAUUUGAUAUAUCUACAUACAUGUACAUAUAUACGUGGGCUAAUGUCUGUAAGAAAGAGAUACGUUAAUAGCGCUUAUUUCACAAUAAGUUCUAGAGAGUAAAUUAAUAAUAUUUUUCUUUGAAUUUCAUGCAAAUCAUUCAAUCCUGCUUUUUCCAUAUAACUUUUCAUUUAGUACAUGUAUGACCAAAAAUAAAGCGCGAUGUAUUCAAUGUAGAAUACUGGCAGAUUUGCAAGAUUUUUAUACGUAUUCAAUGUUAUACAUUCAUCAUUGUAGAACAUUGAAUAAAAAAUCUUGCAAACCUGCCAGUGUUCUAUAUUGAAUACAUCGUGCUUUAAGAGAUAUUUUAGACAACAUUGAGCUUACUUCUGAUUUUUGUUACAUGUAACUUUUUAUAAGCAUUUUUAUAAUAAAUAAUAUUUUAGU